UUCAGAAUUCCUUCCUUCUCUUCUCCCUACUCCGCACUUGCAUUAUUUUCAAUCUGACUCCAAAUUUCACAUCGAAUAUAAUUUCUGUUCCACUCACUUUUUCGCUCCUGCAUCCUGACACACGCUUCGUAUAAAAUUUAGCCCUCAUUUCCAACUUGAUAAUGUCUUUUAGUGGUGAAAAUUCUACCGUUAAAAAACAAUGACAUGAUUUUCAAGUGUGAAAGGUGUAACAAUUCAAUCGUCGAUUUUGAUGCUUUAAUUCCGGUUUUAUUGUCAAAAAUUUUAUACUGUGAAAAUUUAUUUCUGCCAACAGUUUUCAAGGCAAGGUAUCUAUACUGAAUAGAUUUGCAUGUAUGCAUAAAUGCACGUUUUCAGUAUCGUUGUCCUUACAAAUGACAAGUCCGAAGGCGGAGUCCGAAGACAGGGAAGUGAUUAUAGGGAGAGGUGAAGGAGAAAACGAGUCAUGUUCUGGUUUUCAGGGAUUGAAGUUUGAUUUUGGUAGUGGUAGCAAGAGUAGGACCAAAAGUUUUCAUCCUCCAAUUGAAACGCAUUGGUGUCUCAAUUCGUCACCAGGAAAAAAGGCUUCGUCUUCUAUUAAGUCAGUGUUGUCUUACCCACUCGCGAAAUUUAGAAAGAGUAAAAGUCUUAAAAUGAUUCUAGAAGGAGCCCGUGAUCCUAAGGAUAAACAAAUUGUUGAGUCUUUUCGCGAAAUGCUGAUACAAGAAGACCUCUUGCCACCAAAGCACGAUGAUUAUCAUACUCUUCUAAGGUUUCUGCGCAUGAGGGAUUUCGACGUGUCAAAAUCCAAAGAGAUGUUUCAAAAUUAUCUGAAAUGGCGCAAGGAAUUUCGAGUAGACGUGCUUCCAAAGGAAUUCAAUUUCACGGAGUACAAUGAAGUGAAGAAAUGCUAUCCUCAUGGAUAUCACGGAGUUGAUAGAUACGGUAGACCCGUGUAUAUUGAGAGAACUGGGAUGGUAGACCUUAACAAACUGGGAGAAGUAACCACAUUUGAAAGGUUUAUCAAAUAUCAUGUGUCAGAGCAAGAGAAAACUCUGAAAGUAAGAUACCCUGCAUGUUCACUAGCUGCUAAAAAGCACAUAGCAUCCACUACAAGUAUCUUGGAUGUCAAUGGAGUAGGGAUGUCUAAUUUCUCAAAGCCCGCAAGAUACCUCUUUACGGAAAUUCAGAAAAUCGAUAGCUGUUACUAUCCUGAGACUCUAAAUCAGCUCUUUAUUAUUAAUGCCGGAUCUGGGUUUAGGAUGCUGUGGAAAGCAAUAAAAGCAUUCCUAGAUGCACGCACAGUAUCAAAGAUUCAAGUGUUGGGUUCUAAUUAUCUCAGCGUGCUGCUUGAGGCUGUUGAUCCAAGUAAUUUGCCAACUUUUAUGGGUGGUAAUUGCAAAUGUUCCGAUUAUGGAGGUUGUCUGAUGAGUGAUCGAGGGCCCUGGAAAAAUCCAGAAGUGUUAGAAAUGAUUCAGGUUAUUAACUUGAAAGAAGAGAUCGAUGGUAAAUGCGAAGAUCGUGAUGUGGCUUCAGAAGAUUCCUCCAUGACAAAAAAUGUUGACAUGCAAAGCAAAAAUGACAACAACACUAUGAGUCUACCUGAGGAGGCAGCAUGUGUGGGAUCAGACUCGCCAUGUGGGUUAGCAUUGCAAAAAAUUGAUUGGCUUGAAGCUGUUAUUGGAGACAUAAAGAAUAAAAUCAAGACGCUGGAAGAUGCACUACAGGACACCAAGAUAGCAUUGAAAGAAGUUGCACCGCAUAUAGAACGGACAAAAAUGUAGAAGUGGAUAGUGUUAACACUGUUGCAGUGAGUCAAUUGAUUUUUUUCCCCAAUUCACCUUGUAUUACUAGAUUGAAGUUUAGCAGACUCUGCUAUAUUGAUAUCCUAACAUGGUUCCUGUACCAAAUUCUGCCAAAAUAUAGUCGUCGUGCGCAAAAGAAAUAAAAUAAUUUUAAGAAGGAAUA